UUUCUAGGAGACAGCAUGCGCGAAGAGGAAUUUCAUCUGAAAUUUUUCAUGUGUGUGAUUCGGUCUCACCAGGUAGUCAGGACUCCUCAAAGCACAGCUGCGGAAGCUUCGACUUCCAACAGGCUCAUACCAAGGCCACCACCCAAGACAGAUGCCUCCCAGAGUCUAUACACUGAUGGUGACCCAGGCACCGAGGAAGGCAUACCUCAUCUUCAAACUGAGUGGAUCAUGACCCAUGAAGAGCACCAUGCAGCCAAAACCCUGGGGGUCGGCAAGGCCAUCGCUGUGCUCACCUCCGGCGGAGAUGCCCAAGGUAUGAAUGCUGCCGUCCGGGCUGUGGUUCGAGUUGGCAUCUUCACUGGUGCCCGGGUCUUCUUCGUCCAUGAGGGCUACCAGGGCCUGGUGGAUGGCGGGGACCACAUCCGGGAGGCCACGUGGGAGAGCGUCUCCAUGAUGCUGCAGCUGGGAGGCACCGUGAUUGGAAGCGCUCGGUGCAAGGACUUCCGGGAGCGAGAGGGACGUCUCCGAGCCGCCCACAACCUGGUGAAGCGUGGGAUCACCAAUCUGUGUGUGAUAGGCGGUGAUGGCAGCCUCACCGGGGCUGACACCUUCCGUUCUGAGUGGAGCGACCUGUUGAGUGACCUCCAGAAAGCGGGUAAGAUCACAGCCGAGGAGGCCACGAGGUCCAGCUACCUGAACAUCGUGGGCCUGGUUGGCUCCAUUGACAAUGACUUCUGUGGUACGGAUAUGACCAUCGGCACCGACUCUGCCCUGCACCGGAUCAUAGAGAUUGUGGACGCCAUCACCACCACUGCCCAGAGCCACCAGAGGACAUUUGUGUUAGAAGUGAUGGGCCGCCACUGUGGGUACCUGGCCCUGGUCACCUCUCUGUCCUGCGGUGCUGACUGGGUCUUCAUUCCUGAGUGUCCUCCGGAUGACGACUGGGAGGAUCACCUGUGUCGCCGGCUCAGUGAGACACGGACCCGUGGCUCUCGCCUCAACAUCAUCAUUGUGGCUGAGGGUGCGAUCGACAAGAAUGGGAAACCGAUCACCUCAGAAGGCGUCAAGGAUCUGGUGGUGAAGCGUCUGGGCUAUGACACGCGGGUCACCGUCCUGGGGCAUGUGCAGCGAGGUGGAACCCCCUCAGCCUUCGACAGGAUCCUGGGCAGCAGGAUGGGCGUGGAAGCAGUGAUGGCGCUGUUGGAGGGGACCCCGGACACCCCGGCCUGUGUGGUGAGCCUGUCUGGUAACCAGGCCGUGCGCCUGCCGCUCAUGGAAUGUGUCCAGGUGACCAAAGACGUGACCAAGGCCAUGGAAGAGAAGAGAUUUGAUGAAGCCAUGAAGCUGAGAGGCCGGAGCUUCAUGAACAACUGGGAGGUGUACAAGCUUCUGGCUCACAUCAGACCCCCAGUCCUCAAGAGUGGCUCAUACACCGUGGCUGUGAUGAACGUGGGUGCCCCGGCGGCAGGCAUGAAUGCAGCUGUUCGCUCCACUGUGAGGAUCGGCCUGAUCCAGGGCAACCGGGUGCUGGUGGUGCACGAUGGCUUCGAGGGCCUGGCCAAGGGCCAGAUUGAGGAAGCUGGCUGGAGCUAUGUAGGUGGCUGGACCGGGCAAGGGUGGCUCCAAACUGGGCACUAAAAGGACUCUACCAAAAAGAGCUUCGAACAGAUCAGUGCCAACAUAACCAAGUUUAACAUCCAGGGCCUGGUCAUCAUUGGGGCUUUGAGGUGAGUGUCAUCCCGCUUACACUGGGGCCUGGAGCUGAUGGAGGGCAGGAAGCAGUUUGAUGAGCUCUGCAUCCCUUUCGUGGUCAUCCCUGCCACGGUCUCCAACAACGUUCCCGGCUCAGACUUCAGUGUCGGGGCCGACACGGCACUCAACACCAUCUGCACGACGUGUGACCGUAUCAAGCAGUCCGCAGCGGGCACCAAACGCCGGGUGUUCAUCAUCGAGACCAUGGGCGGCUACUGCGGCUACCUGGCCACCAUGGCAGGACUGGCAGCCGGGGCCGACGCUGCCUACAUUUUUGAGGAGCCCUUCACCAUCCGAGACCUGCAGGUGAAUGUUGAACAUCUGGUGCAAAAGAUGAAGACAACUGUGAAAAGAGGCUUGGUGCUGAGGAAUGAGAAGUGUAAUGAGAAUUACACCACGGACUUCAUCUUCAACCUGUACUCUGAGGAGGGGAAGGGCAUCUUCGACAGCAGGAAGAACGUGCUUGGCCACAUGCAGCAGGGUGGGAGCCCCACUCCCUUUGACAGGAACUUUGCUACUAAGAUGGGAGCCAAGGCCAUGAACUGGAUGGCUGGGAAGAUCAAAGAGAGUUACCGCAACGGGCGGAUCUUCGCCAACACCCCCGACUCCGGCUGUGUUCUGGGGAUGCGUAAGAGGGCUCUGGUCUUCCAGCCAGUGACUGAGCUGCAGAAUCAGACGGACUUUGAGCACCGAAUCCCCAAGGAACAGUGGUGGCUGAAGCUGAGGCCCAUCCUCAAAAUCCUAGCCAAGUAUGAGAUUGACUUGGACACCUCCGAGCAUGCACAUCUGGAGCACAUCUCUCGGAAGCGGUCUGGGGAAGCCACCGUCUAACCCUCAGAGCGAGGGACAGGCUGUCUGAUCACAUCAAAGAUGCACGCCGUCUCCGUGUCGUAGCUCUUUAGUCAUUAGGGUCCCUUUACUUCUGCACCCAAGGCCGUGACCAUCUCUGGCCGGGAACUGGGAGCAGCAGUAGGUGGAAGCUCCUGUAGGUAGACUCGGUCAUGACCCGCACCCCAGCCUGGUCUGUUACACAGGCAGGGUCCUGUAGGGCUCCUGCUGGACCGCACAGGUAGAAUUCCCCUUAACAUGCGCUUUAUUUAUUUCUUUGUGUUAACAAAGAGUGUUGGCUCCUCCACAACUCCUGCUGCAGUGACGCACUCUGACUACACAAAUAAACGCCACCUGGCCACUGUG